AUGGAUGAAAAGAACAUAGAAGAAAAUAAUGAAAUACUUUUAGGAAGAAACAAAGCAUUCUAUCAUCGAAAAGCUAUAAAAUACCUGCACAACUUUUUUGCAAAUCAGCCUAAUACCAUAAAUAAGCUGCUGAAUUCUACCCUCCCUAUAAAGCAGCCUAAACAUAUUGAAAUCAAUAAUUCGUUUGUCUCCCAAUCUCCUCCCAAAAAAUUGCCAAACCAUUCAAAGAGUAAUUCGCUUGCAAAACUAUUAACUAUCUCCAAUAAUCCGAAACGAGCACCUAUUCGUCCAAGUUCAUCUACUUUAUCCUCAAAAUCUCUUGGUUUCAAAAUGAAAGAAGUCCAAGAACGGAAAAAUAUUAUCAAUUUCAAUAGGCGGCGAACAAAAAUCACCCUUCUAGAAGAACCACUACAAUUUACUGAAGCAAGCCCAACAUCAGUUUUACCUGAAGGAAAAACCCUUACCCAGCAAGCACUAAAUUUUGUCAUAAAAGAACUAACACGGCCAGAUCGAGAUAUUGAGAAAUUAUAUCAUGUCACAAAGAAAUUGAAAUUUUUUGCACAGUAUAACGAAAAUAUUGUGAAAAUGCUAUUACAGCCUUCUGAAUAUGAAUUUUAUGCUAAAGGCGACUUUAUCUUUAGAGAAGGAGACGAUGGAAGACAUAUAUGGGUAAUUUUAAGUGGUUCUGUGUCUGUUCAAAAAGAGACUGAUGAAACUACAUCAGUCCCGUGAAUAAUUAAUUCAAGAUAUGACGGAGAAGUCAUAGGAGAAUAUGCAAUUGUGAGGGGAAGCGUUAAUAUUGAGGCAGCUAAACGAAGUGCGACGUGUUUUGCAGGAGAAACUUGUCAUAUGCUAAAAAUUAGUUCUGAUGAUUACAUUCAUGCUGUCCAAAGCCAUAUUGACACUGAAGGCUCAAUUUUGAAAUUUUUAAGAGAACUAAAAGCGUUAGAAAAAAUCCCUUCUAUUGAUCUCAAGUUAUUAUCUAAUACAAUUUCGCAGCAAUAUUACACGCUAAAUCAAGUAAUUUUGAACGCUGGGGAAGUCCCUAAAGGUAUGUACAUCAUCUAUAAUGGAAGAGUGAGAAUUUCUUACCCGACAAAAAUCCCGAAAAUUAACUAUAUAAAACAAAAAGUGUUUUACACUGAAUCUAUGAAGGAUUUGUACUUACCACGUGGUAUGUAUUUUGGGCAGAGAAUUCUGAUGGGAGAUAAGACACCGUGCUCUUAUAAAAUCACUUCUGAGAGUGCGGAAACUAUUCUCUUGAUGAUCACUCAUCAUGUAUUUUUCUUAUUAUAUAAUCCUUAUAGAGAUGAAACUUUGCAGUAUUUAGCAGAGACUCCACAAUAUGAUAUUAAGGUUCCAGUUCCUUUAAGAUUUGAGUAG